UAGAACAGACUUUUGAUGAUAUUUAUACGAGUGUUCAAGGGUACUUGCAUUUAAGUAAUUCAAGCUAAACAAGAUGGACCUAGCGCUGCUUGCGGCGCUCGGGGCGCUGCUGUGCGUCUGCUGCAGCAUCGAGGAGGGCUCAGCUUAUACGUUCAGGACUUUCAUGGGCGCGGAAAUUGCCACAACUGCGAUCUCGAGCAGCGCGGUCGUGCAGCGUCCAUGCGAGUGUCGCGCGCUGUGCCGGAACGCAUGCGUCGCGGUGGCCAUCAGGCGUCAGCCACCACGCCACUUCCACUGCUCCUUCACUGAUAAACCCGUCGCUGACGUCAACACCACACUUACGGUUCCUGCUCUCGGCAGCAAGGUUUUCUACAAACGCUUGGUAUGCCUGCCUGGCUUCACGCUCGUGGACAACGUGGGCUGCAUUUACGUCUCCACCGUCGCACUGAACUUCACCGCCGCCGCCGCGUCCUGUCCCCUCGACUCCCAACUCUUCACCGCCAACUCCCUGAUCGACUUCAACACCAUGAGGGAAUACCUCUUGAAGAGUUUCACUUCCAAGUACACGCAGUUCUGGAUUGGCCUGAUCCAUGCUCCGGACUCCACUUGGCAAUGGCUCGGAGGCGGAACCAUCGCAACUACUCACCCAUCGCAAUACUGGGGCAAAUUUGACCCAAAUGAGCCAGCUACAGUGACCAGCUGUGGGGGAAUGUAUCUUGAUCCUGGACUGAGUUACUUGUAUCAUCUGGCCGAUGCUCCUUGUGCCAAAGCCUACAUGUUUCUGUGUAAGCAGAUUUGA